AUGUCCGACGACCUGACGCCGGGAGCGACGAAAGUCGCUGCCAAGCUGGGUCUGCAAAACGCCGGCCAGCAAAAGGCGCUGGCCGAGGUUCUGAAGGUCCUAUACUUCGUCCCUCAGAAGGCUCCUUGUCGUCCCAACUUCCAGUUCUCGACCCGCGUCUUCGUCACCGCAACAUAUUCCCCCAACGUCUACUCGAGCGGGCAAUUCAUGAACCCCGGCCCGGCCCCACGACCCCCUACAGACAAGCCUCGCCUCGGCCUCAUGCCAAACGUGAGCCUCACAAACAGCAUGUCCAACAUGAGCCUGGCGUCUCCAGCAUCGAGCACGUACAGUGGGUCGACGAUAGCCCUGCCGAUUUCCCGGCAAGGAUCCAACAAUUUCGAUGGCGCUGGAGGGUUUGCCAUCAUCAAGCAAGGCUACGUUGGCCUGCCCAGCAAGAAUCCGUUCCAGCAAUGGAAGAGCAGAUACCUCAUCCUCCGGCAGGACGUCCUUGACUUCCACAAGAAUGAAAAUGGCAAGUGGCUCUACAAGAUCCAGCUCUCCGACGUUAUCAGUGUCGACCGAGUUCCCGACGACAACGGCGACCCGGUUUUCGAGAUAAGGCGGCACCUGACCAAUUCGUACCCGGGACCGCCUGGCGACGACGACAACGGCGUGAGGUCCUUGCGCAUUUGUGUGAAGACGGACGACGAGCUGUACGAGUGGAUCGACUGCAUCUAUGCUCGCUGCCCCGGCGGCGUCAGCAACCCCUCCAAUUUUUCCCACGCUGUCCACGUCGGCUUCAACCCGCAGACCGGACAGUUCACCGGCCUGCCGGAGGAGUGGACCAGGUUGCUGAACUCGUCCGCCAUCACCAGGGAGGACGUGGAAAAGAAUCCCCAGGCCGUAUUCGAGGUCCUCGAUUUCUACUCGGACAUGACCAAGCGGGCUGAGAACCCCGACACGUAUGCCUCACCAAUGCCUAUGGCAUCGCAACCCACACCGCAGAACACCCAAUUCGGCUACUCGAGCGGCAACUCGGUUGCCCCUCCGCGUCAGGUGAAGCCCAUCCAGCGCAGCCCGACAUCCUACUCUACCACCCCGUCGCCUCAGUCCGUUGCGGCGCCUCCUUCCCGGCCGGCGGCCGACCAGCAAUCCACGCAGAUGCAGCAGCUGCAAAACGUGGCCCCUAACUACAUCUCCGCGGACCGGAUGCGGGAGGAGCAGCGGCAGCGGGAACUGGAGCGGCAGCGGGCAGAGCGGGAGGAGCAGGCUCGUCGGGAGCUCGAGGCGUAUAAUGCGUCACUUCCCCAGAAGAAAGUGCCCCUGGCUCAGCAGGAGCUGGGUGGUUAUGGAGGAUCUCCCUCAUCUGCUGAUCGAUAUAACCCGACACGAGCAGCGCCUAAGGCCCCGCAGGCGCCUUCGCUCAGGGCGCAGAGACCCGCCCCUGCUCCGCCGGGCAGCUCUUCCGUCUCGACCCGACCACCUCUAGCCCAGCAGACCAGCUCCACCUCGGCCCGCGAGCCGGCGUCCCAGGCGCAGAGGCCCCCGCGGCCCGACCAGGCGAACGGGCCCUCGGCGGCUCCCCGUUACCCUAAUGGCACGUCGGCACGGGGCCCGAACGGCCAACCCCAGGCGCAGCCGCCGUCUCGGCUGCCGGCGCCGGUGAAGCCGCUGAACGUUGCCAAGCCUGCCGCAAACUCGGAUGCCGUCAAGGCUGCCGAAGCCGCGCUGACUGCGAAGCCACCGCCGGAGCGCAAGCAGGAUGUGCGCAUGUCGACCAUGUCGGAGAACGAGGUGAUGGCGAAGCUGAGGGAGGUCGUCUCCAAGGAGGACCCCAACAAACUCUACGCGAAGCAGAAGAAGAUCGGCCAAGGCGCAUCCGGGUCCGUGUAUGUCGCCAAGAGGUUGAGGCCAGGAGUCCCGCCGGGAUCGCAGCUUGCGAAGUCGAGCAGUGACCGUGUCGCCAUUAAGCAGAUGGACCUCGCGCACCAGCCCCGCAAGGAGCUCAUCGUUAACGAGAUCUUGGUCAUGCGGGAAAACAAGCAUGCCAACAUCGUCAACUUCCUCGAUUCUUUCCUCAUGGACAACGAGAAGGAGCUGUGGGUGGUCAUGGAGUACAUGGAGGGCGGUGCUCUGACCGACGUCAUCGAGAACAACCCCGUCAUCACCGAGGAGCAGAUUUCCACUAUCUGCCUUGAGACCUGCCAAGGUCUCGAGCAUCUGCACUCGCAGAACAUCAUUCACCGCGACAUCAAGAGCGACAACGUCCUUUUGGAUGCCCGCGGCAACGUUAAAAUCACCGACUUUGGCUUCUGCGCCAAGCUCACCGAGACCAAGUCAAAGCGGGCCACUAUGGUUGGCACGCCGUACUGGAUGGCGCCCGAGGUGGUCAAGCAGAAGGAGUACGGGCCCAAGGUGGACAUCUGGUCGCUCGGCAUCAUGGCGAUCGAGAUGAUCGAGUCGGAGCCGCCCUACCUGAACGAGGAGCCGCUCAAGGCGCUGUACCUGAUCGCCACCAACGGCACGCCGCGCCUCAAGAAGCCCGAGAAGCUCAGCAAGGAGCUCAAGGCGUUCCUGUCCGUCUGCCUGUGUGUCGACGUCAAGAGCCGCGCCUCCGCGCAGGAGCUGCUCAACCACGAAUUCUUGAAGCACGGGUGCCCGCUGGCCAGCCUGGCCGAUCUGUUGGCCUUCAAGAGAGUGGCUAAAUGAGUGUGUGGAGCGCGCGGGGGCGGGUGGCAGGGGAGGAUUGAAAGUGGGAUUGGCGAUGGCCAUGAUGGUAGGUUUGGUUGGCUGCUUUUGAUUUUUGGGAUGGGAGGAAGCCAAGGAAGAUGGGAAAAUAAAGACAUACCAUUCUUUUUGGGUGUCUUUUAAUAGACCCUCUUCCUAUUUCUUGAGGAAAGCAAGCGGCCGGGGGGUAGCAGGUGCAGGGGUUAGUUAAGCGUGAGUGCUAUACUACGGGAUGCCGAAUGGGGGGCGGGCGGGUUUGACUUGACUUGCUUGGCUGGCUUUGCGUAUUUUGGGCUUGGGAGACGAUAUAGGGAGGUAAGGGGAAGGGUGGACAGUUGGUGGGCAGUUCCCGGCUCGUGGUUAGAUAACUCUUUUUUACUUGACAACUUGAGCAUCCUGUUUUCUUG